UAUGUCAAAAAACCCAAAUGUCAAUUAAAUGUAACCUCAAAAAUUCACGUUGAAUUUUGUAAACAUAGAUGGUUUGUUUAUAUACUAAUUUAUAGUAAAGUUAAAAUAAAACAUGGCAGAACAAGUAAAUCAACGUAUUGAGGGUAUGAUAAAUGAGUUGGAGCAGAUGAAAAGGUUAAAUUUGUACGAUGACGAUGAAAUAAAAGAAAUAUCCCGUAAACGUAAAGAGUUUGAGUAUAGAAUACAACGAAGAGUAAAAGAAAAGGAUGAUUUUGUACACUACAUUGCGUAUGAGUUAGCGUUACUUGAAGAUAUAUCACUCAGGCGAAAGAAAGCACAUCUAUCUGAGAAAAGAAGCGACAUAGAAUAUGCUAUAGCCAAACGUCUGAAUAAGAUUUUCAAACAAUUUAUCUAUAGAUUUCAAAAUAACAUUGAAAUUUAUUUUGAAUACAUCAAAUUUUGUAGAAGCGUUGGCUUUCAACAUGCCAUUUCUGGAAUUAUUAGUCAGAUGUUAUUGGUGCAUGGUGAUAAACCUAAAAUGUGGCAGAUGGCUAGCAAAUGGGAGAGUAAAGAACAGCAGAACUUUGAAAGUGCCAGAGGUUUCUUACUUAAAGGAAUUCAUAGACAUCCAGAGUCUGACAUUCUUUAUAUAGAUUUGUUUGAAGUUGAACUCAUUCUCGCUUUUAAAGCUAAAGAUGAUGAACAAAAGGAAAUUUGCAUUAAAAGGGCUGAUGUUGUAUGGAAAAAUGGUAUAAAAACUGUUGGGGAUAUAACAUUCCUGUUUAAAGUUUGUGAUUUAGCUAUGAAGUGUGGAGUUGAGGAACUAAUCAAGAGUAUUAAAGAAGAGAUAUGGUCUAGAAAUGACCAAAAAGAAGUAUGGAUUUACAUUGCUGAUAAAGAAUUAGAGGGUUACCAUUGGGAAGUGAUUGAAGAAUUUAUUAAUGAAGACUAUCAUUUUUCAAAGGAAAUUAAAAAUUAUGUUUCUGUAUAUGAAGAGGCUUUGCAACGGUUUCCGGAUGAGAAAUUAUGUACAAAAUUCAUCCAUGGCAUAUUGAGGCUGAACGACACAUUGUGCACAGAUUUACAAAAAAUCAGAAUUGUAAAACAAGCUUGGAUGUUUGGCCAUGAGAAUGGAGUGCUCUCAAAUGAUAUGUACGCCUUUGGUAUUGAGUUAUUGAAGUUUGAAAAUACAUUAUCGACUGAAGAUUUUAAACAGAUUAUAGAUACAGCAUUGGUUAAAAAUCCGAAUGCAAUGUUUUUAUGGAAGGAAAAAUUACUUUUAAACACUAAAGAUGAAAAGCAACAGUUAUUAAUACUGAAGGAAGCUGGAAAAGUUUUUAAGGCUAAAGAUUAUUUGCACCUUUGGAAUGUCUUGUUGGACAACAUACAAACAAGUGAAGCAUUAAAAAGUUGCUAUGAAAAGUUUAAAAAUUGCGAAGAAGCUGUAUUAUUAGCCAUUAAACCUAAACUUCUAAACAAAAUGUAUAAAUGCAGCGGAUUGAAAGCAAGUAGAGAUUUGUAUGAAGAAUUCAUCAGAACUCCGCCAACACAAAUUGAAGUUCACACAGUCAUGAUAGAUAUAGAGAAAUCACAACCGAAGCUUAAUUUAAAAAAUAUCAGAAAAUGUUUUGAAUGUCUUGUCCAACAUCAUGGAGCAAAUAGCGUACAGGUCUGGAUAGACUAUAUUAAUUUUGAAACACAAAAUGGUAGCCCUCAAAACACUCCAGCAAUCUACAGAAGAGCAGUAGCUGUACUCAAGAAAGAAUUAGUAGAUGAAUUUAUUAAAAAUCAAACAUUAUCAAGAAUAAAGUAGACAUUUGUUUUAUUUUGUAAUUGGUU